AUGGUUUCCUUUAGUUCUUUGAACAUACUUAUAAUCGCUGAUUUAAAGUCUUUGUCAAAGCUUCAAGGUCAGCCUGAGAUCGCCGCGGUGGACACCAGCUCCAAGGACUUAAAGGAGAAGAAGGAAGUGGUGGAGGAGGCGGAGGAUGGAGGAGAUGCACCUGCUAACAGGGACACUGAGAUUGAGGAAGAUGGGGAGCAGGAGGCUGACAAUGAGGUGGAAGAAGAGGAAGACAUAGGGAAGGAGGAGAAGGAAGGUGAUGGUGAGGAAGAGAAUGGAGAAGAUGAGGAAGCCGAGGCAGCUGAAGAUGAGGAGGAGGAGGAUGCCGACACCAAGAAGCAGAAGACCAAUGAGGAUGACUACACAGCAAAAAAGGAAAAGUUACACUUAACAAAACUUAACCUAUUCACGCUUCGCCUCCCGUCUCAGACUCUAAAUGUGGUCACCCUCGAGGACACAGCCCGCCGGCCGCCCCAUGUGGGCAGCGCCACCCUGCAGGUGACACACGCCCUCCACCAGCCAAAACCAGAGUGA